UCGAAAUGGCGGCGCCCAUGGAAGACGUGAAAAAUGCAGUUUUCGAUUCGAAGACGAACUCCUGUCGUAUUGAGGUCACUGUUCCGACAGGGUUUGAGCAAGUUGCUGGUGGAGAGGUCAAGGAAAAAAUCGGCUCUGGUUUUAAGGAACUUCGAGGGAAAAUAAGCUUCGAAUGUCCGAUUGAAUCUGUGGAAAAAGUGACCAAGCUGAGAACAGUGGACAACUGCAGAGUUGUGAUGCUUUACCAGUCUAACUAUGAAUUCUCUGAUGAUAAGGUGGAGAACAUGCAAAAGUUGAGAGAUCUUGUAGCUUCAGUGAAUUGGCCAUUGGGUAUUCAAGUUUGGAAACGUUUCUUCUCGUUUGAACAUCCCAUAGCUGAGGUACCUGAGGAGAUCACAUCUGACUUUGGAGAGCCCUAUUUUCCUCCACCAAGGCAAAACUCUAAUCCAGAGAAGAAAUCUAAGAGGUCAAAGGGCAAGAAGUGGAAGAAGAAGAGGGAAAAUUUGGUUGACAAGGCAAAAGAUGAACCAGUUGAAGCAAUCUCUGGAAGUGGAGCUGCCUCGCAGGAAAGUGGUGAUAAAACUGAAACAGUAACAAAGUCUGUGUGUGACUUGAAUAAUUCAGUAAAUGUCACAAAUGGUUCAGAGUGUCCAAAGACUAAUGAAACUGCACAAGUCACUGAAGGAGGCGAAAAUCCGAAUAAAAAGCCUAGAGUAAGAGAGAACCCCUGGAAUCCCCUCAUGCCUUCAUUUAGAGUGACAUGUAACAGGAGUGGUGAUAAACAUAAUUUUGACUCAAUGACGGCUGCAGCUAACUUUGGUGGUGCUAUUUACCAAUACUUUGGAUGGAAUAUAAAAAUGACAGAGUUUGACAUGGAAGUAAUUCUUGCUAUUGAUGAUCAUGAGGUCACUGUCAGUAUGGGGUUGACUAAAGAAAGCCUACACAGAAGAGACAUCACAAGUUUUGGACCUACAACUUUGAGACCGACAGUGGCCAAUGGCAUGCUCAGACUAUGUUCAAUCCAAUCAGGUGACAUUGUGUGUGACCCCAUGUGUGGAUCUGGAAGUAUACCCAUACAGUGCAGCCUGGGCUGGCCAUUGUCAUACAACCUAGCAGGGGAGAUAGGAAAGCGUGCGUUGGACAGAGUGAGGGACAACCUAAGCUUUGUAGCACAACAAAAAAUGGAGAACAAGUCACUGCCGGUGGAUUCAAUUAGAUGGGACGUAUGUAACCUGCCUCUACGAGACAACAGUGUUGAUGUCUUCAUUACUGAUCUGCCAUUUGGUGUAAGAAUGGGGCACAAGGUAGACAACUGGCGCCUGUAUCCAGGGGCCCUGCUGGAGAUGGCAAGGGUUGUCUCCCCUAACACAGGCAGGUGCUGCCUCCUCACUGAGGACAAAAAGUGCAUGAUCAAGACCAUACAAAAGAUGGGAAAGUACUGGACACGAACUAAAACUCUGGGUAUCAACCUGGGAGGACUGGCUGCUGGUGUGUUUGUACUGGCCCGUACAGCAGAAGGGGUAAACAAGGGGGACAACCCCAGCAUGUACAGUGCAAGGGGCACCAAGGGAGAUAAUAUGGAUAUGGAUGUGGGCAGUGACAAGGGGGAAUAAUUCACAUUUUUGUGACUGGUUAUGGCAACAUGUUUUGCUUUAUUGAUAAAUAAAUUCAACACCUGAAACAAAAUAAAUUUGUUAUCUUUCUGUAUAGUGUUCUUUUUGGUAUUUGCUUUUGGAAUAUAUCUAAUAGUAGUGCAUGUUCUUGU